UUAGCAGAAUUUUCCUCGUUGAGAUUUAUAAUACACGUGCUAAUAUUAAUUCGUUCCUUCCCUCAUGAAAUUAAGCUUGACAUAGAUCGUAACAUCUAUUGAACACCAACCAAAUCCGUUGUCAACAUACAUCUCAAACACAAUGUGUCAUUCCCAAAGACGUUAGCAUACAAUGAACGCACUCAACGAAAGAACACAGACCUUCGACAUCUUUCCCGACCUACCCCUUGAAAUACGACUUAAAAUUUGGCGUCACACUCCUCAUCUAUUCCCGCGAAUCAUCGAAGUCAGACCCUACCUAAGUCCGACUAAAGCGUGGGAUCCCCUUACCACCAAGCAUCAUGUCAGGGCGACGACACCUCUCAUCCUCCUGCAAAUCAAUCGUGAAGCUCGAAGAGAGUUACUCCCAUUCUAUACUCGGCUUAGCUCAGACGUGAGGCUUAAUCUUAUUCUCGAUGCCGAUUCAGCCUCGGUCGGCCUGCAUGAGAAACCACCAUGGGUCAAUUUCGCGGUGGAUACUUUAUACUUCAACACAAUUUGGAGUACUGGCGAAGAAGUACAGUACUUCUCUUUUGUGCAGCGAUUAUUCCAAGACUUUCAUAGAGACAAACAAUUGGUACGAAGAAUUGCGGUGGGGAUCUUUUCAGAGCUAGCCAAAGCUUUUCAUGAUAUUGUUCUACGGAAUAUUUAUAACCCUGAUGGGACCGACGCUAUCUAUAUGUUCCCGAAACCAACUCUCCUGGAGUUCAAAGACUUGGAACAACUGGUCCUCAUCAACGAGUCCAAUCACUUGAGGGCUGAGAGGAGAUUGAUUGCGUUAGAAGAUGACGAGAGCUACGAUGACCGAUACACGAUCGUACCGGAAUUGAAAAAGAUCGAAGACGAGCGUAUGUUAGGGUGGAAAGUACCCAAGAUAAGGAUCUGUUCAACGGUUGCAGCACCGGUCGACAACCAAGAAAUGGAGUCGCAGAGCUCCUACUUGAGGAGGGUAUAUGGAGAGGAUUUUGUUGACAGGUUCAUGGCCCCGCAUUGAAAUGGAGAGUUUGACUUGUAAUUUUACAAUGAAUGCAGUGAAUAGCAUUGUUACUGCAACAGAGCAGAAUCUUAUUAAAUUCAAAUCGCUCAAAACACGAAC